AUGGUAGUCAGGGCGUUGCAAGGCAUGUUCGAGGUAUCCGCAGGCCACUUGGCUCCUUGGGCAAUGGUGGAUGACAACCCCAACGACAUUACCACCAGCAAAGGGCAAUUCCUUUGGCGUCAGCGGAUCGCGAAGGAGAGGCAGCACUUUUGCCCGAACCAGCGCGAGAACUUCUCGGUGCGGAGCGCGCUUCGGGUCUUGGAUGUGCCCUGCCGCUUCAAGCCCGGGCAUAUCGAUCCGCAUGAGCAGGGGGCAGUGGAAGGCCUCGAUGAGGUCACCCAGCGGCAUCUCCGGGCGGACGUGGCCUCGAAGUUGCGAGCGCCCAACGAGCAGCUCCUGUGGCCUGAGACCGAACAGCAUCAGGUGGGCUGGCAUGCGAAAGCUGGCGGUCCAGGCUUACCCUACGAAGAGCGUAGUACGAUGUUUGGCCUGUCGCCCCGUUUGGGCAUUGGCUGGCGUGGAGAGAAGACGGCCGGGGAGCACGCCAAAGCGAGCGCGGUGAAGGCUCCUGUCGCCUGCGACAUGGUCUCUGUGAAGAAGGACGAUCUGAUUUCCAAGUGGAUGGGAACUCGUCGCGACAUCCUGUUGCCGAACGUACCGCCACUGGGCACCAUGCAGCCAUCUGGGGAGCCACCAGCAGAGGCAGAGCCGCAGAGGCAGUUCAAGCGGCAUGAGAUGCAAAGACGGUGGAUUCAGCUGCAGCAGACCUGGGAGCACCAGAAACGCUGUCGCCGGGAACGGCGCCGCCAGCGCUUUGCGCUCGCCGCCCACGCGGUGCACACGAAAGUGGCGCCGCCAGCGGCACCGGUGGUGCCUCCAGAGCCAACGGUGCCGCCGGAGCCAACGCCACCAGGGCGGAAGGAGUUCACCGAGACGUUUGCUCCAGCUGCUUGCAUGGGCCUCCGGAGCGCAGUGAAGAGAGAGCUGGUCGAUGGCUGGCGAGGUGUCGGGGUAGUUCCACGACCUGACAGUGGGCAGGAGCGGCAGGUGAAUGUGGCUGCGGCGCGGAACCGGCACUUUUUGAACGGGCCGGGGAAGCCUUGGUUCAAGCCCAAAGGCAGCUCAGAUGUCGUUGCCUUCGGCAAUGCCUAUGCGAAGUCCUGGGGUCACAGCGUCUUCAGCCGAGUGGAGACGAAGCCGCCCAUCGCUGCACCCAUUGCCGAGGCGAUAGGCGAACAAGCGAUGUGA